GCAGGUGAUGAGGAAUGAGGAGCUGACCCAGGAGCUGCUCAGCCUGGCCAAAGAGAGCAUCCACUCCCCUGGCUCAGCCCAUCAAUCCUCCCCCGAGCUGGGAAGAGGGAGAGCAGCGGGACAUCCUCACUCUGCUCGGAGGGGGAAGCAGCCUGAGGACGCAGCUGCCUCUGAACACGAGCAGCAGGAGCUGGAAAGAAACUUGCUUGGAAACCAGGAUCACAUAAAAGUGGAGCUGGAGAAACUGAAGAAAACCCAGGAUGAGAAGCAGCAGAGGCUGGAGGAGCGAGUGCUGGUGCUGGGGAAGGAGCUGCAGGAGGUGAGGGGAGCAGGACUCUGCUGCACGGUCGGGGACAGGCGGCGCAGGCUGGUGGAACAAUCAGCGGUGCUGCUCACAUCCCAGGGCCAGCUCCAGGAGGUGGAGGCAGAGAACUCCCGGCUGCAGCUCCAGCUGAAGGAGCUGAACGAGGAAUAUCGCUCCCGGCUGGCGCGGUACAUCAGGGACGUGGCGAACUACAUGGACGGCAAACCCAGCAGCGUGACCGGCCACAGCAAAGCCCCAGCUGGCCAAGCUGCCAUGAAGAACUUUGUGGAGAGCAUGCUCAAGGAUAUCCGAGCUUCCUACAAGUCCCGGGAAGAGCAGCUGGCUCGGGCAGCUCGUGGCUACAAGAGACGCAUGAAGGACUUGGCCAAGAAGCACGAGAACCUGCUGAUUGCCUAUGGGCUGCAGCGGGAGCAGAUCCGGUCCCUGGGGAGCAGUGCCGUGGAUUGUGGCCCUGCCGAGCUCCAUUUCUCCAUCACAGACCCAGAGCUGCUGACAAACAGCUCCCGGGAGCUGAACCGGCUGCGGGAGGAAAAGGCAAAGCUGGAGAUGCAGCUCCAGGAACUGCAGAAGAAAAACCUGAAAGGAGCCUCUGCCUUUCCAGUGCCUCCGGAGCAGCAGCUGGAUGAGGAGGGCUGGGCAGAGCUCAGGAAGAAGCUCCGGGAAUUCACUCUCAACACCCAGGAGGAGCUGGAGCAGGAGAGAAGCCAGCUGCUGACUCGGGCUGUGGUGGCAGAGGAGCAGGUGGUGGAGCUGCAGGGGUACAUCGAUCAGCACCUUGCCAGGUACAAGCAGGAGAUCCUGCGGCUGAGGAACACGGAGGGCAGCGAGGUGCCCGAGCCAGCCGUGCCAGCCAGGAGCCACAGCCCUGGGCACACCCAGACUCCGAGGGAGGUCAGUGUUUUAUGGACUGCCAGGCUGGGAGCUGGGAACAGCAAAACCACGUGGGUGUUCCUGGUCUUAAAUUCACAGGACUGAAAUGAGACAAGUGUGAUGUCUGUCCCCAGCCAUCCGUCAGCUGCAUGAAUUCUGCUCUUCCCUGAGCAGGGGGUCAGGCUCCCAGACUUUACUGCUGCCUUGUGGGGACAGGUUCUUGCUCCUGCUGUAACUUUUUUCCUGGAUGAAAACUUCCUUGGACCUGGACCUGGACCAGGGGCUGCUCCUGCCUCGCUCCCCUCAUGGCUCCCACGAGACAGAGCCAAGGUUGGCUCAGACCAGGAUUUGUUCUGGGGUUGGACAAAGGGAUGAGCUGCUCUUCUACUGUGAAGGUGGUGAA